AUGAAGGAAAUAGAAAUUAUCUCGAACGAAAUUCCUGGCUCGUCAUACUAUUUGCCACAUCAUUGUGUUUUGCGACCGAGUAGCGCGACAACCAAAUUACGGGUUGUCUUUGAUGGCUCCGCAAGAACGUCCACCGGAGUCUCGAUCAAUGACACGCUGAAGAUUGGCCCUACCGUUCAAGACGAUUUGGUAUCGAUCCUACUGAAUUUCCGAUGUUACCGAUACGUCUUCACAGCAGACAUACCAAAAAUGUUUCGGCAAGUGAUGAUUAGCGCUGAAGAUACUCCAUUUCAGCGAAUACUAUGGAGAGAUGAUUGUUCACAACGCCUCAAGGCAUUUGAACUGCUUACGGUGACUUACGGAUUGGCUUCGUCGCCGUUUCACGCAACGAUGGCACUGUCGCAAUUGGCUGACGACGAAAUCCAUACGUUUCCGUUAGCUGCACCUGUAUUGAAGAAAUCGUUUUAUAUAGACGACGCUCUCUGUGGAGCGCACACCAUCGAAGAGGCGCAGUUGUUGUGUCAGGAGCUGUUGAAGUUACUUCGCAGUGGUGGUUUCGAUGCACAUAAGUGGUGCUCCAACGAUCCAGCUAUCCUCAAGGAUAUCCCGAAGCAUCUUUGGACUGGUGCUUUCGACGUGGAAGACGCAAACGAUAAGGAUGUUAUAAAGACUCUUGGAGUGGUGUGGAAUGCUUCACAAGAUUGGUUUUCGUUCCGCAUUCUACCACCUGACGAAACAUGUCAAUCUUUGACCCGCAAAGGGGUACUCAGUGAAAUCGCCAGAUUCUUCGAUCCGCUAGGUCUGAGCGGACCGGCAGCAAAAUUAAUCUUCAGAGAGGUUGGCCUUUUGAAUCUUGGAUGGGACGAUGCUGUUCCAGAAAUCAUUGCUGAGAAGUGGCGCGCCUUCCGAUCUCAACUGCCAGCGUUGAAUAAUCUUGAAGUGCCUAGGUGGAUUCUUAGCGAUGGACCAAAUAUUGUGGAAUUUCACGGGUUCGCCGAUGCGUCAGAUCAAGCAUAUGGGGCGUGCCUCUACACGCGUCUCGUACAUCAGAAUAAUAAUGUGGUGAUGAAACUCAUGUGCAGUAAGUCAAGGAUUCUACCAAAAAAGAAGGGAAAGACAAAGUCGAUUACAACGCCGAGAGCCGAGCUCCUCGCUGCUCUGCUCUUAUCUCGAGAAGUGACUAAGGUAAUUAAAUCAGUUGACGUCAGCUUCGACCAUGUGAUACUAUGGAGCGAUUCACAAAUAGUGCUUUGUUGGAUUCGCAAACCACCGGCAGUCCUGCAGUUGUACGUUUCGAAUAGGGUGACCGAGAUACAGAAACUUACCAACAAGUUCCAUUGGCGAUAUAUUCCUACGAACGAUAACCCCGCCGACCUAAUAUCGAGAGGUGAGAUGCCUCAACAUCUGCUCCACCGACAAAUUUGGUGGAAUGGCCCAGAUGUGCUGAGUGAAGACGUUGUGCUGGUUGCACAGCCGCCUCCACUACAUGAUGAAGACCUUCCGGAAGUACGAACAUGUCUUGCGCUUAACACAUCACCAAGAAGAUUGGAUAUAUUCAACCGAAUCGGCACGUUCAGUCGGUUACUGCGAAGUAUGAGCCUGGUGGUUCGAUUUGCACACUAUGUUAUCUCCGGAAGAAAGGUGUUGAAGAAAGGUCCACCGACAGUCAAUGAAUUUGAUCAAGCAUUAAAACUGAUAGUGCACUUCGUGCAAAAGGAAGCGUUCCAGCCGGAAUUGUGCGCAUUAAAGGAGGGCGGUACACAUCGCCUACGAAAUCUGAACCCGUUUGUUGAUCCAAUCGACGGAACUCUGCGAGUUGGUGGCCGUGUGAAGAAGGCCUUUAUUCCAUACCAUAGUCGCCAUCAAAUGUUGCUACCAGCGAAACAUCCUGUGACUGAACUACUGAUCCGUCAUGAACACCAGAACAACCUCCACGCAGGGCAAAGGACUUUGCUUGCAAUUGUGCGCCAACGGUUUUGGCCAUUACAGGUGAAGAACACUAUACGAAAAGUAAUAAGACAAUGUAUCAUAUGCUUCCGAGCAAACCCGUUAAAGACAACGCAAUUGAUGGGUGAUCUUCCAUCGUAUCGAGUGCAACCAUCACCCGCUUUCUUCCACACUGGCGUGGAUUAUGCCGGUCCAUUUUCAAUUAAAUCACUAACCCAAGCACGUAAGCCGAUGAUUACUAAAGGAUACGUAUGUCUUUUUGUAUGCCUUAGUACACGUGCCAUCCAUCUCGAGCUUGUAUCGAGUCUGACCACCGAUGCCUUUAUCGCGACUUUAAGGCGCUUCACGGGACGACGAGGACCCGCCAGUAAGAUUUUCUCAGACAAUGCGACGAACUUUGUCGGUGCUGAAGCCGAGUUAGAGCGUUUGAGUAAACUGUUUGCAGCAGAACAGCACGUCAAGCAGCUGACAGAGUUUUGUGGAAGUCAAUCGAUUACCUGGAGCUUCAUUCCCCCGAGAAGUCCCCAUUUUGGUGGGAUUUGGGAGUCUGGUGUAAAAUCAGUCAAAUACCAUCUGAAAAGAGUGGUUGGCAAUCAACAACUGACUUUCGAGGAGAUGAGCACAGUGUUGGUUCAGAUCGAGUCGGUACUCAAUUCACGUCCGCUAACACCAUGCUCUGAUGAUCCCAACGAUUUAACUGCCGUAACACCUGCACAUUUUCUAGUUGGGCGCCAGAUGCAGUCCAUCCCUGAACCGUCGUACACCAAUCUCAAACUUUCAACACUGUCACGGUGGCAAUUAGUGCAGGUCAUCCUACAACACUUUUGGAAAAGAUGGCUCGCCGAGUAUUUGCCAGAGAUGCAGAAACGCCAGAAGUGGUUUAAAAUCACCAAAAUUCAACCAGGAGCUCUAGUACUAAUCAACGACCCCAAUCUUCCGCCGAUGGAAUGGCAACUCGGCAGAAUAAUUGAUACACAUCCAGGCGAGGACAACAUUAUUCGAGUCGUAACUUUACGCACCGCCAGGGGUGAAUGCAAGCGAGGUGUAACAGAGAUAUCUCUCCUACCGCUGGACCAGGAGGAUAGCUUGGAGUCUUGA